UCUCUAAGUUCAAAUUAAAAAAAUACGUUUUGUCAACACCAUUAACUGAAUAUAAUAAUAGAAAUAACGGAAUACGAAGAAUCAUAACGAAUAUUCCACUUAACGUUGACUCGUUUUAAAUCGUAAUAAAUACAAUUAAGAUUAACUAUAUGCACGAAAAUACUUAUCGCAUAUUCUACACACAGGUAUAAGGCAUAUUUUCGUAUGAUGAGCCUAAAUUGGGCCGCCUAUUGAUCAGAAGUCUUCAAUAAAUGAGUCAAUAUGUAUCAAAAUAUACAAAUAGGUAUUAGGUGUUAUGUUACGAGUUCUGUAUGCAUAUGAAGGAAGUCUGCCUAAUUGUUUUCGUUGGACAUCAUGACAAUAAUAAAUUAUGACAAAUCACUAAAUUUCAAACACCAGGAUCAAACACGACCAAUUUCAAUAACAACAGUAUUCGAUAUUGUCUCGAAUGAUUCCAGAAUAAUAUUGAUGGGGAUAUCGACGAUAUCGUUGGUCAUCACUAAUUACAAAAAAAUAAUUAUAUUACAUUAUAUUAAAAAAAAAAUAUUAGGUUACAAUAAUUAUUAUAGACGAUACAUUAACACUUAGGGCUUGGUAUUUGUGUCACAGGUACCAUUGCAGAUUGCGGACUGCAUUAUGACCGGCGCGACGACUCCGGUCGUAAGCGACGACGAGAGGAGGAGGAGGUGCAGCGCGUCGCGGCGGCGCCCGUCGACCGCGUGCCGUCGUCACCGGCGCCGACGUCGGCGGCGGCGAUGGCCGGCGGCGGACUGAUCGUGGUGUUGCUGAUGCUGUCGGCGUGCGUGGUCUGCGGUGCGCGGGCAGACUGUCCGGCGGCGUGCGAGUGCAAGUGGCGCAGCGGCAAAGAGUCGGCCAUUUGCGCGUCGGCAAACAUGACGGCCGUGCCCCGGCACCUGGACUACGGUACACAGCUGCUCGACCUUACCAACAACCCGCUGUACAGGCUGGGUAAGGACGCGUUUGCAGAUGCUGACCUGCUCAACCUGCAGAAAUUGUACCUGUCCCGGUGCCGGAUCAAGGCGCUAGACCGGUACGCGUUCCGCAAGCUCAACAACCUCGUCGAGCUAGACCUGAGCUACAACAGCAUUCCGGUGGUUCCGUCAGCCGUACUCGAGUCGGUGCCCGAGCUCCGGGAGCUCCGGCUCAACGGCAACCCGAUCAUGAAGGUGCCAAACGGAGCGUUCGCUCACGUCCCGCGGCUGGUCCGGCUGGACGUGUCGGAGUGCCGAGUGGCACUGCUCGAGUCCACCGCGUUCGCCGGCCUCGAGAACUCGCUCGAGUGGCUCCGGCUUGACAAUAAUCAGCUGCGUGACGUCAAGCCAUCCACGGUUGUGUCACUUGCCCGUCUGCAUGGUGUGCAGCUCAACGACAACCCGUGGAACUGUUCGUGCAAGCUGCGACCGCUCAGAGAGUGGAUGGCCAGACGGAAUGUACCGUACGGCGCGCCACCUGUCUGCAAGACACCCGUCCGUCUGGCCCGGACGCCGUGGGACAAACUCGAGCUGGAUGACUUCGCGUGUGAACCACACUCGGUGCCCGUGUCCGCCAUGGUGGUCGUCACCGAGGGUGACAACGCCACCGUGUCGUGCCGCAUGUACGGUGUGCCCAUACCGUCGUCCAGGUGGACGCGCAACGACCGGCCGCUGAGCCAGACCGGCCGCAGCGUGCCAGUCACGGAGGGCCGGUACACGAACCUCACCAUCGUGUCGGCGGUCGCCCAGGACGGUGGAAGUUAUGCUUGCGAGCUGGAGAACCGGUCUGGUAGCUCCCGGUCCAACGUCACUGUGGUUGUGGUCAAACGGUCUCCGCAGCUAGUACUGGGCGCCGACCGGUAUGCACUGCCGGGGCUCAUUGUCGGUGUUAUACUGGUCCUGUCUUUUUGCCUUAUAUUCCUGUGCGGGCUGGCCAUCCGGUCCAAAGGCAGCCCGACCGGUUCCCACGGCGUCCCAGUUUCCGGCCCUCUCGACUCCGCCGCGGCCAAUAUUGAGGCAGAUCCGUUCGACCGGUACGAGAAGAUCGAAAUGGAUCGGGACGACAACAAGGUGCAGCAUCGCCUUCACCAACUUCCGGCUUCGUCGUCCGAUGUGAACAACCGACCGGAUCCGCCUGGUUACGCAGAGUCAGCGGCCACUUCUGGUGGGCUUUUGCACCAUCGUCACGACGAGCACGAAGACUACGACGGGCUGCCGCCAAUCGACGAGCCACCCUCUUCGACAGCACCGUCCAUCACGGAUCGGCCGACCGCUCGUCCGAGCCAUCCGACCACCAACACAAUCCCGCACAGACCUCGGAUUUUGCCGGAUGAUCCAUCGGAUGGAAAAAAGAAAACUUAUUUAGAGUGUAACUUGGGUGAAGUAACCUUACAUCAUCAUGUGUUACAUAAAGAAUCUCUUCCGGCCGGUCACCUUUACACUACUGCAGCAGGUCGUCAGGAAUUGUUUAAUACAAAAAAUGUGCCUGACCUAUUGGACACAUUACUUCCAACCAAAGGUCGUCGAAUCUCGCAAACACUUCCUAGGUCGGGAAUUAAUUCAAAUGGCAGAAGGAGUACUGUUUACACGCCAAGACAAUCGGAGAGUCAAUCUCCUUUGCUACUAGGAAGUCGUAGCAGUGGUGGUAGCAAUACCAGUCGAAGCCAACUGUCCUUUGAUUCGUCCAUAUCGUCCGAUCAUCCAAGGCAACUGACGACCGGUCAGAAGUCGAGCAGUUACCUGAACCUGUCCACAGCCAGCUGUGGUGGCGGCGGCGAUUACGGCGGUGAGUCUUCAGGCGGAUACCAUCACCAACACCACCCGUCGUACUAUUGGACGCCGCCCAGCUUGCCGUCAUCGCCUGCCCGGGAGCGACGGCUGCCCGCCAUACCGGUGGGUCGUGGUGCCGGACUACCCACCGUGGCCGCCGAGACCCCCAUACUUGAUCCGCUGUCGUCCAGGCGGCGGACUUACGGCGGGCCGGGUGGGGGAAGUCACCAUCAACACAACCACAACAGUGGAGUCAGUGGUAACCAGAUGCACAACCAGUUGACCGGUAGCAACCAUUCGCUGCUGUCCGACGGCGCGUCCGUCACGUACGACUACCACACUGCGCAACUGGACAUGUUCCUGGAUGAGUACAAGACACUCAGAAAGGAGCUGACCAAGAUGCAGCGGACGUGUGACACGCUUCGGCUGUCCAACGCCUCCCUGGCCUCUUCGGUGGCUGCCCCAGACGCGAUCGACCACAGGGCCAAACCGGAACCAUUGGCCGCUCCUGCCACGUCGUCAUCGUCGUCGUCGAGGACCACGCCCAAGUCGAUACUUAAGAACAAGAACCAGGCCACUUACGUCUACCGCCCGGGUGGCGAGAGGCGCAACAGUUACCACCAACUAGAACCGGCACCCGAUGACAUUUACUUGAGUUAACCUCGUCGUCCUGCUCACCGAGGAAACCCGAAGCCCGGCGUCCCGUUAUAGAAUUAUUAUUAUUAUUAUUGUUAUUUUCUUAUUGUAUUAAUUUAUCGUACAUAAUACAUCACAUUAUGCUCGCAUUGAACCCAUAGAAUUAUAUAUUUGUGUGUGUGUGUGCGUGUGUGAGAAUCUCUAUCUCUCUACUCAAAUGGAGCAACUAGUUAUAACCAGACAUUAUACAUUGUGAAAUAUUUCAUAUACACUUCAUCUAGAUUUACCCCCCCCCCCCAACCUGUGAAGAAAAUAUGUUAAUAUUCGUAACCCCCUCCUCUAUUUCAAAAAAAAAUUUAAUUAAAUAAAUAAAUAAAAAAAUAAAGAGUUCCUGGUUGAACUUCUCUGUAACACUCUCUGGUAAUUGUAUUUACAAUUAUUACCAUUCUCCGAUGCUGGUUUGUUAUUGAAGAAACGAAAAUGGCUUUAACACAAACUCACCGAGCGCUUCGUGCCACGAUAAAAUAAAAUAAAAGUGAGGUCACCCAUUAAUAAUAAAACCAUUUUUAAAACACCAUCGAUGAUCUAAUUUUCCCAGACCAUCAUGAAAGGUCGUUUUUAUUAAAGGUUUCGUUUUAUAAAGAAAAUAUAAAAUAUAAAUUAUAUUGUUAAGCAAACUCACUACCUAUGACGUUUGUAGAAUGAAACCAUAAUAACAUGCAAUAACAUCCAUGGUUCGGUAUGGAUGACAUUGUUUCUCUUAUCUUAAUGUUUGAUACAAAUUAUAAUGGGUUAAUUUGAUUAAACUAUAUAAAAAAAGAAAACAUUUCAAAUGACAAAAGUGAUCAUAAUAACAUAUAAUGCCAUGUGUAAUGUGUAUAAUAAUAUUAUGUUAUUAUUUUACAUCAAAAUUAUUCAAUGGUAAAUAUUUGUUCAUUCUCGUUGCUUGAUUAAGUUUAUCAAUUAAAGUUAUUUCCAUUUCAUGGUGGGGCUAAUAGUUUAAACUAAAUUUUACUAAUAUUUCAACGAUUCACGUUACUAAAAACUAUAAAAAAUCAAGCCACAUAAAACAUGUUUUAAAAAAAUAUUGAAACUAAUAAAAAAAGUUUAAAUCCCAUCAUCAUACUUAGUUUUCAUGUAUGAUUUUAUAAAAUUAUUACAUAUACCUAUCAAACAUUUAAAACGACAAUAGUUUAAUAUUCAUUUUUCAACAAUUACAAUAAUCUUCUUU